CGGCGGUGGAUGUCGCAGCCGCUUUUCACCGUUGUCGUUUGAAAUUCGGCCCAAAAUGGCGGCGGCGGCGGCCGGGAGCGGGGUUGAGGCGGCGGCGGCCGCCAGGCUGGAGGGGGCGGAGGAAGAGGAGGAGACGGCGGCCGCGGCGGAGGAGGAGGACGAGGAGGACGGGGAUGGUGAGGAAGACGGCGGCGGGGCUGGCAAGGCGGCGGCGGCAGCAGCAGCCGGCGGCGGGGAGGCCAGCGGCGGCGGCGAGAGCGAGGAGGAGGAGGACGUGUUCGAGGUGGAGAAGAUCCUCGACGUGAAGACCGAGGGGGGUAAGAUUCUCUACAAAGUACGGUGGAAAGGAUAUACCUCUGAUGAUGAUACCUGGGAACCAGAAGUUCACUUGGAAGACUGCAAAGAAGUGCUGCUUGAAUUCAGAAAAAAAAUUGUGGACAAUAAGCCUAAACCUGUUAAAAAAGACAUACAGAAGCUGUCCCUAAAUGAUGAUGUAUUUGAAGCAGAAUCUGACAGUGACUGGCAAAGUGAAACAAAAGAUGAUGUUUCACCAAAGAAAAAAAAAAAGAGAUCAAAAGAUGGAGAGGAUAGAAGUCCAGAUGAUCUGAAGAAGAAAAAGUCCAAGUCUUCAAAACUCAAAGAAAAACCGAGAACAGAAUGUGAUAAUUCUUCAGAUACUUUUGUUUCAGAUUCAAAACCAAAAAAAAGGACUUCAGAAUCCAAGGAGGAUUCAAAGGACCCAAAGAAGCAAAGGAAGGAAGAUACUAAAGAAAUCAAGAAAAAGAAGGGAGAAGUUAAAGAUUCAAAAAUAAAAUCUAAAGAAGAUUCUAAAGAAAAUAAAAAAUCACGGAAGGAGAAGCAUGGAGAUAUUCAGUUAGACUCAGAAUCAAGUACUCUAGAUGAUGUAUUUUGUCAAGGAAUUGAUAAUGAAAAUUCAGACUUAAAUUCUGAAAAUAAAGAUGAGAAGCAAAGGGUAGAAGAGAGAUUGGAACAAGAAAUUGCUGAAAAAGAUUCCUUUGCCGAUAGGCAUCUUGAUGGAUCAGCAAGUAAUGAAGAUGAUAGUAUUGAUGUUAAGGUUAAAAGAAAGAAGAAAAAAACUCAGAAAGCAGAUGAUUAUAAAGAGGAAGGUAGAAAAGUGGAAACUCAAGGUAUCUAUUUAGAGAAGAAAAGCAUGCACAAAAAGCAGAAAGGUCAAGAAAAAGUAAAAAUGGUACCAGGAGAGCUGGAGAAAGUGUCACCUGCUCCUUCACCAGUGCAGAAGGGUUUGAAAUUGAGCGCAGAUGAAAGAGGAUGCAAGUCCACUGAUUCAGCUGGGGAGGAGAAAGAAGUAAUGAAAACUGAAACAAAAGAAAAACCUCAAAAAAAAGAGUUUGAAAAAGAAGAAAAGAGUGGGAAAGAACAAAAGGGCCUAAAAAAUGGCAAGCAGCAAGUCUUGAGUUUGGGUAUGGACAUGCAGUUGGAAUGGCUGACACUAGAAGAUUUUCAGAAGCAUCUUGAUGGAGAAGAUGAGAAUCAUGUGUUAACAGAACCAGUAUCAAGUACUCUCCUGAGGGAUGCUGUUAAAAGUGGGGAUUAUAUGACAGUAAAGAUGGCACUUUCUUCAAAUGAGGAAUAUAAUCUGGAUCAAGAGGACUCGAGUGGAAUGACCCUAGUAAUGCUUGCAGCUGCUGGUGGGCAUGAUGACCUUCUCCGAGUCUUAAUCAGGAAAGGAGCUAAAGUUAAUGGUAGACAGAAAAAUGGAACAACUGCAUUGAUACACGCUGCUGAAAAGAAUUUUCUAACAACAGUAGCUAUUCUUCUGGAAGCUGGGGCGUAUGUGAACAUGCAGCAGAGCAGCGGGGAAACUGCUUUGAUGAAGGCCUGUAAAAGAGGGAACUCUGAUAUAGUGCGGCUUAUGAUUGAGAGCGGGGCAGACUGUAACAUUCUGUCGAAGCACCAGAACAGCGCGCUGCAUUUUGCCAAACAAUGCAAUAACGUACUGGUGUAUGAGCAGCUCAAGAGUCAUUUGGAAACGCUCUCAAGAGUAGCAGAAGACACCAUCAGGGAUUAUUUUGAAGCUCGUCUUGUUUUGCUGGAGCCAGUCUUUCCAAUCGCGUGUCAUCGUCUCUGUGAAGGGCCAGACUUCUCUACGGAUUUUAACUAUAAACCACCACAAAAUGUGCCAGAAGGAUCUGGAAUUCUUCUCUUUGUUUUCCACGCAAAUUUCUUUGGUAAAGAAGUUGUUGCUCGGCUCUGUGGACCAUGCAGUGUACAAGCUGUGGUUUUAAACGACAAAUUCCAGCUCCCUGUAUUUUUGGACAGUCACUUUAUUUAUUCCUUCAGCCCCACUGCAGGCCUUAACAAGCUUUUUAUACGGUUGGCAGAAGCUCCUACCGCCAAGGUGAAGCUGCUGAUAGGCGCGUACCGGGUGCAGCUGCAGUGACCCCGCGGCUGGGAGCGUGUUGGGGGGACCCACACGCUUUUGGAGACACGUCUGGUUCCUCUGGUGAGAGACUGACAGAGCAGUUUGGAACUGUUUGGCACCACGCUCUUAGGACUGAAGCUCCCGUCUCGCUGUCCCCGCGGCGUCAGGCAGGAAGGUGUGUGUCCGAGCGCAGCUCUGUGCGGCGCCGGUGGGACAGGGCUCUCAGCUUGGUUUUUUACGUUGUACAGAUCUAGAUGUAAGUAUUUGUGCCAAUACAUAUAAUUCUGGUUUUCUUUACCUUGUGGAGUCCAGACUGCGUAUUUCAGCUUUUCCACAAUGUGGAAUGGUGCAUAUAAGAACUAUUUAAGGUAACUACAUGAAAUGUCUUUUUUUAAUAGAAAGAUCUUUUCAAUUUGUAAACUAAAUUUUUCUACUUACUCUAACUGUAAUGUUUCUAUGUAAAAUGCAGAAUUGUCAUGUUCUUGGAGCCUCGGGCAGAAAUUACACUUUGAAGUCACUGCGUUAGGUUUAACUUUGAAUUGCUGAGGGCUGUGUCUGAAGCUUCUCCUGCCCUUGUCUCCCAGUGAGAAAGGGGUUCUGUGGGGGGGAUCCCUCUGACCAACACCUCGGGCUGCAGGUGUCAACAAAGACUCUGAGUGGGCUCAGCUCACCAGGGUGGCACACUGUGUUUUAGAACUGCUGCUGUGUUAGAGGAGCAACUGGUAGUUUUCCAGACAUCUCAGCUUUUGAGUAGGGACGUAGGAAAACAAAUGUGAGCUGAGAGCAGGAAACCAGGAGAGCUGUAACUGCCACGAACGUGCUGGCAAAGCUCUUCCUGGGCAAGAAGCUACAGAGGGGAUUUCAGAUGGUCUCAGCCUGACAGAUGAGAACACGUACUGCCCUUCAAUGCAGAAACUCAGUUCCUCAGUGCAAAGAGCUGCUAUCUUUUUAUUAUUAUUAUUAUUAUUUUAUUUAAAUGACCCAUUUUAUCAGGUGACAGCAGUUCUGUAAUGGUCCUGUGCUAUAAAAUACAAAUGUAAUACUUCUGCAUGAAGUAUAGAAUAUUUUUCUUUGUUAAUUAAUCAUCAUCUUGAAAAGUAAAAAAAAAAAAAAGAAAAAGAAAAAAGAAAAAAUAUCCAGAUUGUGCCUUUGCUGUUCUGGUUGCCACAUGUAGUUUACACACCACUAUGUGCCUAUCCUAUUAGCGAAACUAUUGCGGAUAAAUCUUUAAUAUAUUUGCUCACAAUCAAAAUGGUGCAGAUGUAGAAAGUAUCCUUUUAAGAACUGUGACUUUCUAAUGCAAUAGUUCAAUUAACCAGUUUUUAAUUUUUGGUUCUUGAAAGUUUAAAACUUUCAUAUUUAAGAGAUGCCAAAUGAGUAAGUAAGAAAGCACACUGUUUCAAUUUAGUGGAAUGUCACAUUAAGCUCUAUAAAACUAGAACAGCAACACGACGUACAGCUCCUCCUUUCCAGUUCGAUUUAGAAUAGUUGCCUUUCUUUUUGCAACCAGUAUUGAUGGGAAGUGAACAGGUCUGGGUUUUGAACAGACUUGAUACCUCCACCUCUCAGAAAUACACCAGAUACCUCAUUUUUGCAAAGUGUGAACACCCAAAAUGAAAAGCACUGGCUGAGAAUCAGGAAUGUCACUACAGGGACUUGGUGUAGCUGCAUUUUUUUUUUUAGUCACUGUGCAAAACAUUGGAGUGAUGGUUUUCAUGUGGGUGGCAACCCCUUCCUCAGCUGCUCCUGCCUUGUGCCCUCCAGGGUGUCGUUUGGGCGUGUGAAGCUCUGUACAGCACCUUCAAGUUGUUCAAGGUGGGGGGACAAAAUGUCCAUAGAAUAUAGACACUUUCUGGAAACUGUUGUACAGUCUAACCUCAGAAUGUCUGGUAAUGCUCCAAGAGUUGACAUAGCAGGUAGUUUGUCAAAGGCUGUUGAUUUGGGGGUUUGUUUUUGUUUUUUUUUUCCUUGAAGCAUUUGGGAGAGAGGGAGGAGUUUUGCAGGAUAUGGGGAUAAAAUCUGGGUUCGUGAUGCAUUUGAGGGAUGGAUUUUGCAAUCAUCGUUCUCUUUUUAGUUGGUGAUAGAAAUUCAAAAUCCCUACUGAAGAUGCAUAAAAGACAUAUCAUGUUUGAA